AUGUGGACGUGGACGUGGACAUUGGACGUGGACAUGGACAUGGACGUGGACGUGGACGUGGACGUGGACGAAGACGUGGACAUGGUCGUGGACCUGGACGUGGACGUGGACGUGGACGUGGACGUGGACGUGGACAUGGACGUGGACAUGGACGUGGACGUGGACGUGGACAUGGACGUGGACAUGGACAUGGACGUGGACGUGGACGUGGACGUGGACAUGGACAUGGACGUGGAUGUGGAUGUGGACGUGGACGUGGACAUUGGACACGUGGACGUGGACGUGGACAUGGUCGUGGACCUGGACGUGGACGUGGACAUGGACGUGGACGUGGACAUGGACGUGGACAUGGACGUCGACAUGGACGUGGACAUGGACGUGGACAUGGACAUGGACGUGGAGGUGGACGUGGACAUGGACGUGGACAUGGACGUGGACGUGGACGUAGACAUGGACGUGGACAUGGACGUGGACGUGGACGUGGACAUGGACGUGGACAUGGACGUGGACGUGGACAUGGACGUGGAUUUGGACGUGGACAUGGACGUGGACGUGGACAUGGACGUGGACAUGGACGUGGACGUGGACGUGAAGGUGGACGUGGACAUGGUCGUGGACGAGGACAUGAACGUGGCCGUGGACGUGGACAUGGACGUGGACGUGGACGUGGACGUGGACAUGGACGUGGACGUGGACGAGGAUGUGGACAUGGACGUGGACGUGGACGUGAUCUUGGACGUGGACAUGGACGUGGUCGUGGACGUGGACGUGGAGGUGGACGUGGACGUGGACGUGGACGUGGACAUGGACGUGGACGUGGACGUGGACGUGCAGGUGGACGUGGACGUGGACGUGGACGUGGAUAUGGACGUGGACGUGGAUGUGGACGUGGACGUGGACGUGGACGUGGACAUGGACGUGGACGUGGACGUGGACGUGGACAUGGACGUGGACGUGGACGUGGACGUGGACGUGGACGUGGACAUGGACGUGGACGUGGACGUGGACGUGGACAUGGUCGUGGACGUGGACGUGGACGUGGCCAUGUACGUGGACGUGGACAUGGACGUGGAUGUGGACGUGGACCUGGACCUGGACGUGGACAUGGACGUGGACGUGGACGUGGACGUGGACGUGGACAUGGUCGUGGACGUGGACGUGGACGUAGACGUGGUCGUGGACGUGGACGUGGACGUGGACGUGGACAUGGACGUGGACAUGGACAUGGACGUGGACGUGGACGUGGACGUGAUCGUCAACGUGGACGUGGACAUGGACGUGGAGGACAUGGACGUGGACGUGGACGUGGACGUCGACGUCGACGUGGAGGUGGACGUGGUCGUGGACGUGGUGGACGUCGACGUGGACGUGGACGUGGACAUGGACGUGGAGGACAUGGACGUGGACGUGGACGUGGACGUGGACUUGGACGUGGUCAUGGACGUGGACGUGGACGUGGACGUGGACGUGGUCGUCGACGUGGACGUGGACAUGGACGUGGACAUGGACGUGGACAUGGACGUGGACAUGGACGUGGACAUGGACGUGGACGUGGACGUGGACGUGGACAUCGACGUGGACAUGGACGUAGACAUGGACGUGGACGUGGACAUGGACGUGGACAUGGACGUGGACGUGGACAUGGUCGUGGACGUGGACAUGGACGCGGACGUGGACGCGGACAUGGACGCGGACGUGGACGCGGACGUGGACGCGGACGUGGACGUGGACAUGGACGUGGACGUGGACGUGGACGUGGACAUGGACGUGGACGUGGACGUGGACCUGGACGUGGACAUGGACGUGGACGUGGACAUGGACGUGGACGUGGACGUGGACGUGGACGUGGACGUGGACGUGGACAUGGACGUGGACGUGGACGUGGACGUGGACGUAGAUGUUGACGUGGACGUGGACGUGGACGUGGACAUGGACGUGGACGUGGACGUGGACGUGGACGUGAUCGUGGACGUGGUCGUGGACGUGGACGUGGACGUGGACGUGGACGUGGAGGUGGACGUGGACAUGGACGUGGACAUGGUCGUGGACGUGGUCAUGGACAUGGACGUGGACGUGGACGUGGACGUGGACGUGGACGUGGACGUGGACGUGGACGUGGACAUGGACGUGGACGUGGACGUGGACGUGGACGUGGACGUGGACAUGGACGUGGACGUGGACAUGGACGUGGACGUGGACGUGGACGUGAUCUUGGACGUGCACAUGGACGUGGACGUGGACGUGGACGUGGACGUGGACAUUGACGUGGACGUGGACGUGGACGUGGACGUGGACGUGGACAUGGACGUGGACGUGGACGUGGACGUGGACAUGGUCGUGGUCGUGGACGUGGACAUGGUCGUGGACGUGGAGGUGGACGUGGACGUGGACGUGGUCGUGGACGUGGACAUGGAUGUGGACGUGGACAUGGACGUGGACGUGGACGUGGACGUGGACAUGGUCGUGGACGUGGACGUGGACAUGGACGUGGACUUGGACGUGGACGUGGACGUGGACGUGGACGUGGACGUGGACAUGGACGUGGACGUGGACGUGGACGUGGACGUGGACAUGGACGUGGACGUGGACGUGGACGUGGACGUGGACGUGGACAUGGACGUGGACGUGGACAUGGACGUGGACAUGGACAUGGACGUGGACGUGGACAUGGACAUGGACGUGGACGUGGACGUGGACGUGGACAUGGACGUGGACGUGGACGUGGACGUUGACAUGGACGUGGACGUGGACGUGGACGUUGACAUGGACGUGGACGUGGACGUGGACAUGGACGUGGACGUGGACAUGGACGUGGACGUGGACGUGGACAUGGACAUGGAGGUGGACGUGGACGUGGACAUGGACGUGGACGUGGACGUGGACGUGGACGUGGACGUGGACAUGGUCGUGAACGUGGACGUGGACGUGGACGUGAACGUGGACGUGGACGUGGACCUGGACGUGGACGUGGACGUGGACGUGGACAUGGACGUGGACGUGGACGUGGACGUGGACAUGGACAUAGACGUGAACGUGGACGUGGACGUGGACGUGGUCGUGGACCUGGACGUGGACGUGGACGUGGACGUGGACGUGGACAUGGACGUGGACAUGGACGUGGACAUGGACGUGGACAUGGACGUGGACGUGGACGUAGACAUGGAUGUGGAGAUGGACGUGGACGUGGACGUGGACAUGGACGUGGACAUGGACGUGGACGUGGACGUGGACGUGGACGUGGAUGUGGACGUGGACGUGGACACGUGGAAAUGGUCGUGGACCUGGACGUGGACGUGGACGUGGACGUGGACGUGGACAUGGACGUGGACAUGGACGUGGACGUGGACGUGGACAUGGACGUGGACAUGGACAUGGACGUGGACGUGGACGUGGACGUGGACAUGGACGUGGACGUGGAUGUGGACGUGGACGUGGACAUUGGACGUGGACAUGGACAUGGACGUGGACGUGGACGUGGACGUGGACAUGGUCGUGGACCUGGACGUGGACGUGGACGUGGACGUGGACGUGGACAUGGACGUGGACAUGGACGUGGACAUGGACGUGCACAUGGACGUGGACAUGGACGUGGACAUGGACGUGGAGGUGGACGUGGACAUGGACGUGGACAUGGACGUGGACGUGGACGUAGACAUGGACGUGGACAUGGACGUGGACGUGGACGUGGACAUGGACGUGGACAUGGACGUGGACGUGGACAUGGACGUGGACAUGGACGUGGACAUGGACGUGGACGUGGACAUGGACGUGGACAUGGACGUGGACGUGGACGUGAAGGUGGACGUGGACAUGGUCGUGGACGUGGACAUGAACGUGGCCGUGGACGUGGACAUGGACGUGGACGUGGACGUGGACGUGGACAUGGACGUGGACGUGGACGAGGACGUGGACAUGGACGUGGACGUGAUCUUGGACGUGGACAUGGACGUGGUCGUGGACGUGGACGUGGAGGUGGACGUGGACGUGGACGUGGACGUGGACAUGGACGUGGACGUGGACGUGGACGUGGAGGUGGACGUGGACGUGGACGUGGACGUGGACAUGGACGUGGACGUGGAUGUGGACGUGGACGUGGACGUGGACAUGGACGUGGACGUGGACGUGGACGUGGACGUGGACAUGGACGUGGACGUGGACGUGGACGUGGACAUGGACGUGGACGUGGACGUGGACCUGGUCGUGGACGUGGACGUGGACGUGGACCUGGACGUCGACGUGGACGUGGACAUGGACGUGGACGUGGACAUGGACGUGGACGUGGACGUGGACGUGGACGUGGACAUGGUCGUCGACGUGGACGUGGACAUGGACGUGGACGUGGACGUGGACGUGAUCUUGGACGUGCACAUGGACGUGGACGUGGACGUGGACGUGGACGUGGACAUUGACGUGGACGUGGACGUGGACGUGGACGUGGACGUGGACAUGGACGUGGACGUGGACGUGGACGUGGACAUGGUCGUGGUCGUGGACGUGGACAUGGUCGUGGACGUGGAGGUGGACGUGGACGUGGACGUGGUCGUGGACGUGGACAUGGAUGUGGACGUGGACAUGGACGUGGACGUGGACGUGGACGUGGACAUGGUCGUGGACGUGGACGUGGACAUGGACGUGGACUUGGACGUGGACGUGGACGUGGACGUGGACGUGGACGUGGACAUGGACGUGGACGUGGACGUGGACGUGGACGUGGACGUGGACAUGGACGUGGACGUGGACGUGGACGUGGACGUGGACGUGGACAUGGACGUGGACGUGGACAUGGACGUGGACAUGGACAUGGACGUGGACGUGGACAUGGACAUGGACGUGGACGUGGACGUGGACGUGGACAUGGACGUGGACGUGGACGUGGACGUUGACAUGGACGUGGACGUGGACGUGGACGUUGACAUGGACGUGGACGUGGACGUGGACAUGGACGUGGACGUGGACAUGGACGUGGACGUGGACGUGGACAUGGACAUGGAGGUGGACGUGGACGUGGACAUGGACGUGGACGUGGACGUGGACGUGGACGUGGACGUGGACAUGGUCGUGAACGUGGACGUGGACGUGGACGUGAACGUGGACGUGGACGUGGACCUGGACGUGGACGUGGACGUGGACGUGGACAUGGACGUGGACGUGGACGUGGACGUGGACAUGGACAUAGACGUGAACGUGGACGUGGACGUGGACGUGGUCGUGGACCUGGACGUGGACGUGGACGUGGACGUGGACGUGGACAUGGACGUGGACAUGGACGUGGACAUGGACGUGGACAUGGACGUGGACGUGGACGUAGACAUGGAUGUGGAGAUGGACGUGGACGUGGACGUGGACAUGGACGUGGACAUGGACGUGGACGUGGACGUGGACGUGGACGUGGAUGUGGACGUGGACGUGGACACGUGGAAAUGGUCGUGGACCUGGACGUGGACGUGGACGUGGACGUGGACGUGGACAUGGACGUGGACAUGGACGUGGACGUGGACGUGGACAUGGACGUGGACAUGGACAUGGACGUGGACGUGGACGUGGACGUGGACAUGGACGUGGACGUGGAUGUGGACGUGGACGUGGACAUUGGACGUGGACAUGGACAUGGACGUGGACGUGGACGUGGACGUGGACAUGGUCGUGGACCUGGACGUGGACGUGGACGUGGACGUGGACGUGGACAUGGACGUGGACAUGGACGUGGACAUGGACGUGCACAUGGACGUGGACAUGGACGUGGACAUGGACGUGGAGGUGGACGUGGACAUGGACGUGGACAUGGACGUGGACGUGGACGUAGACAUGGACGUGGACAUGGACGUGGACGUGGACGUGGACAUGGACGUGGACAUGGACGUGGACGUGGACAUGGACGUGGACAUGGACGUGGACAUGGACGUGGACGUGGACAUGGACGUGGACAUGGACGUGGACGUGGACGUGAAGGUGGACGUGGACAUGGUCGUGGACGUGGACAUGAACGUGGCCGUGGACGUGGACAUGGACGUGGACGUGGACGUGGACGUGGACAUGGACGUGGACGUGGACGAGGACGUGGACAUGGACGUGGACGUGAUCUUGGACGUGGACAUGGACGUGGUCGUGGACGUGGACGUGGAGGUGGACGUGGACGUGGACGUGGACGUGGACAUGGACGUGGACGUGGACGUGGACGUGGAGGUGGACGUGGACGUGGACGUGGACGUGGACAUGGACGUGGACGUGGAUGUGGACGUGGACGUGGACGUGGACAUGGACGUGGACGUGGACGUGGACGUGGACGUGGACAUGGACGUGGACGUGGACGUGGACGUGGAUGACCUGGUCGUGGACGUGGACGUGGACGUGGACCUGGACGUCGACGUGGACGUGGACAUGGACGUGGACGUGGACAUGGACGUGGACGUGGACGUGGACGUGGACGUGGACAUGGUCGUCGACGUGGACGUGGACAUGGACGUGGACAUGGACGUGGACAUGGACGUGGACAUGGACGUGGACAUGGACGUGGACGUGGACAUGGACUUGGACAUGGACGUGGACGUGGACGUGGACAUGGACGUGGACGUGGACGUGGACGUGGACAUGGACAUGGACGUGGACGUGGACGUGGACGUGGACGUGGACAUGGACGUGGACGUGGACGUGGACGUGGACGUGGACGUGGACAUGGACGUGGACGUGGACGUGGACGUGGACGUGGACGUGGACAUGGACGUGGACAUGGACGUGGACGUGGACGUGGACGUGGACGUGGACAUGGACGUGGACGUGGACGUGGACGUGGACAUGGUCGUGGACGUGGACGUGGACAUGGACGUGGACAUGGACGUGGACAUGGACGUGGACAUGGACGUGGACAUGGACAUGGACGUGGACAUGGACGUGGACAUGGACGUGGACGUGGACGUGGACGUGGACGUGGACAUGGACGUGGACGUGGACGUGGACAUGGACGUGGACGUGGACGUGGACGUGGACGUGGACCUGGACGUGGACGUGGACGUGGACGUGGACGUGGAAGUGGACAUGGACGUGGACGUGGACGUGGACGUGGACGUGGAAGUGGACGUGGACAUGGACGUGGGACGUGGACGUGGACGUGGACGUGGACGUGGACGUGGACAUGGACGUGGACGUGGACGUGGACGUGGACGUGGACGUGGACGUGGACGUGGACGUGGACGUGGACAUGAACGUGGACGUGGACGUGGACGUGGACGUGGACGUGGACGUGGACUUGGACGUGGACGUGGACGUGGACGUGGACGUGGACGUGACGUGGACAUGGACGUGGACAUGGACGUGGAGGUGGACGUGAACGUGGACAUGGACGUGUACGUGGACGUGGUCGUGGACGUGGACAUGGUCGUGGACGUGGAGGUGGACGUGGACGUGGACGUGGACGUGGACGUGGACGUGGACGUGGACAUGGACGUGGACGUGGACGUAAACGUGGACGUGGACGUGGACGUGGACGUGGACAUGGACGUGAACGUGGACGUGGACGUUGACGUGGACAUGGACGUGGACAUGGACGUGGACGUGGACGUGGACGUGGACAUGGACGUGGACGUGGACGUGGACGUGGACAUGGACGUGGACAUGGUCGUGGACGUGGACGUGGACAUGGACGUGGACAUGGAUGUGGACAUGGACGUGGACAUGGACGUAGACAUGGACGUGGACAUGGACGUGGACGUGGACAUGGACGUGGUCGUGAACGUGGACGUAGACGUGGACAUGGACGUGGACGUGGACGUGGACGUGGACGUGGACAUGGACGUGGACAUGGACGUGGACGUGGACGUGGACAUGGACGUGGACGUGGACGUGGACGUGGACAUGGACGUGGACGUGGACGUGGACGUGGACAUGGACGUGGACGUGGACAUGGACGUGGACGUGGACGGGACGUGGACGUGGACGUGGACAUGGACGUAG